AUGGCACUGGAUCGUUACCUGGCUGUGGUUUAUCCGGUCGAGUCGAUGACAUUGAGAACGCCUAGGAAUACAGUCAUCGCGCUUGCUAUCAUUUACAUCAUAAUCAUUGCAUCACAAGUAAGAAAUUACUAGAUAGGGUUCUGGUAACAGGGUAAAAUUGAGAUCCCUGUUGGGAGGAUGCACGGGAUUUAUGUGUACGAUUUCAUAAUGGAGAAGAGAUCGACGUGUGCAAUCCUGACUAUUGCUACUGCUGAAGCCUCCCCAGUUAUGGUGAGACCCAUGUGCUCAUCGAACAUUGAAACGAACUCAUUUUUAUUCAGGCACGCACGUAUUUCAUGACGUUCAAUGUGUUCGGUUACGUCCUACCUUUAGGAAUCUCCGUAGUGCUUUACGGAUUAAUGCUGAGGAAGUUGUGGGACAUGCCCCGACCUGGAAACACACAAGUGACCGGGGUUCGAGCAGUGAGUUUUGUUCUGCAACGGAGACAGAAAUGGAAGAUUUCAGCUUGCAAACAGGGACAGUGGUUCCAGCAUUAGACGGAGACCCGAGGCAACCGCCGCUAAGAAAAAAGUGCGGGACCAGUACACAACAGGUCAAUUCUUAGAGCUUUGUUCAGGUAACUCGUCUGGUGAUGUGCGUCCUUAUCACCUGGGCUCUCUGCUGGUUGCCACUGAACGUUUGCUUCUUUAUGUCGGGACUUGCAUACCCGGAACCUCUAGUCAUUUCUCACGGAGUCAUAAUGGUUAUUGUUCAAAUUGCGAGCCAAGUGCUGGCGUACACAAACUCGUGCCUCAAUCCCAUUCUGUACGCGCUGAUGUCUCAAAGUUUUCGAGAAGGUGGGUGUAAAAAGAAACGGAAACUGUAACAAUGAAUAGUAUGAUUAGGAUUCAUCCGAAUAUUGAAAAUGUCCGUCAACAAGAUCACCUUCGGAAGAUUUUGCACGAACUACCGUCGGACUGCUCUCAGAACGGAACUAACCCAUUACAACCAGCCCCCAUCAUCACAACCGACCAACACAAUUGUGCAAGUGUCAAACGGGGAACGGUCGAUUCUUCUCAAAGACAGUUCCAAUUCCACAUCUUCUGUUCAACCACUCCGCACUUCCAUUCAAGCUAAGAAGACAAAACCGGUACAUUUUGUGUGA